GUCACAGUGAUCUGAACAGUGGGGAAGCUCAGGCUCGGGAUCCGCUACGUCAAACAGAUUAGUCAAAUAACCUCUCGGGGUAGGACAUGCCUCCCCUCCUUGGGCUUGCCUGGCUGCAUGCAUGGGCUGAGGAAGCAAGAUAGUCCGCGCUGACAAAUAGCCUGGAAGCCUUUGGCGAAAAAUCAGAACGGCGCGUUUUCCGAGGUGGUGAUGGCUCGGGAGAAGGCCACGGGAAAGAUGGUCGCAAUCAAGUGCAUCCCGAAAAAAGCCCUGAAGGGGAAGGAGAUGAGCAUCGAAAAUGAAAUCGCUGUGCUUAGGAAGAUAAAGCAUGAGAAUAUCGUGGCUCUGGAGGACAUUUACGAGAGCUCACACCACCUGUACCUCAUUAUGCAGCUGGUGUCUGGAGGUGAGCUCUUUGACCGCAUUGUGGAAAAGGGCUUCUACACAGAGAUGGAUGCCAGUCGGCUCAUUCGGCAGGUCUUGGAUGCAGUCAACUACCUGCACUCCAUGGCCAUAGUGCACCGAGACCUAAAGCCUGAGAACCUGCUGUACUUCAGUCCUCAUGAUGAGUCAAAGAUCAUGAUCAGUGACUUUGGGCUGUCAAAGAUGGAGGGAACGGGUGACGUGAUGGCCACCGCCUGUGGGACUCCAGGAUACGUGGCUCCUGAGGUUUUAGCUCAGAAGCCCUACAGUAAAGCUGUGGACUGCUGGUCUAUUGGGGUCAUCGCAUAUAUUCUGCUUUGCGGUUACCCUCCCUUCUACGACGAGAACGAUUCAAAGCUCUUUGAGCAGAUUCUCAAGGCAGACUACGAGUUUGACGCGCCGUACUGGGAUGACAUAUCAGACUCCGCCAAAGACUUCAUCAGCUGCCUAAUGGAGAAGGAUCCAGAGAAGAGAUUCACAUGUGACCAGGCUCUUCAGCAUCCCUGGAUUGCUGGAGACACAGCACUCUGCAAGAACAUACAUGAAUCAGUCAGUCGGCAAAUGCGGAAAAACUUUGCCAAAAGCAAAUGGAGGCAAGCCUUUAAUGCGACGGCUGUGAUCCGCCACAUGAGGCGCCUGCAGCUGGGCACCAGCUUUGGCAGCAGCAUCCACAGCAGCAACUCGGUGUCCAACCCUCAGAGCCAAGCUCCAGCCAAGAGCCAGUCUGUGGACUGCGCCCCGCUCACCCUGAAGGACUGUCCUCCAAUAGCUCCUUUGCCAUCUGCUGUUAAAGUGUACGAUCAGGACUCGGAUGCCCCCUCUCCUAUACGAGAGGAACCGUCGGUGGUGGCCGAGCCAUCGCGACCAAGACCGUCCACCGUUACCGUCAUCCACACGGGGACUAAAUGACGCCAGGUUCCGCGGGAGGUGAGCUGGGAGACCACCGAGCUUUGAGACGGGAUAAAACCAUCCCAGGCCUCGUGAUUCAACGUCGUUGCCCAGUUUUGCCCAUCCCGCAACCUCCCAUCUGUUUCUGCCGACCACGGGAGGAAAUUAAGGAGCAUUGGCUCAUCUCUAUUUACCAUGGCUCAGCACGGCAGCCCGCUGCUUCCCUUCCCACUGUCAUACGGACCUGGAAGUACAGAGGGGGAGAGGCUCACCAGAGGUUGUUAUUGUGGAGGCCAUGUGCAGGCUGGAUCAUGGUUGUCCGGCAGAGAAACAAGCUGCUGGUCUGCGAAGUGCCACACUAAAAAGAACUCUUUAUUGACGCUGCUGUCAUUUCUGACUGCGAGCAUCUUGAGACAGGACGCUCCUCUGUAUGCCUUGUGUAAAUAUCCUGCCUGGAACUGUGGAGUGGAGUCAUGGUAUGCAAGUGAAAUAUAACCUUAAAGCUGUGGUAAAUAAUUGUGACAUCAUCUGCACUCUGAACUUCUCGUCGUUUUGACUGCUCGUUGAUUUGCUGUGGUAUUUGCUACAAUGGCUCACAGGGUCAUAAGUCCCCAACAGUAUGACAGUAUGUGUAAUCUCUUUGCUUUAAAGUGUGUGGACAUGAAACAUGAGCAGGAUAAUGUGCUUUAGUCAUGGAGUGUGAUCACUGAGAGGGCCGGUGCGUUGCACUAAUGUAUUGGAUUAUUUAUUUUCUUACAACAUAUUAUGACUUUUGUAAGAACACCACUUGCAAAAAUGUGCAAAUGUGUUAUUAAACUGGACUGAAAAGUUAUCGCAUUGGAUGAUAAAGACACGGUAUCUAGUA